CGAAACUCGAAAAAAGGAAGUUCGCACCCAGCAAAUGUGAAAAUGAGGAAGUGGCUACCGGAUUUGUGUUAGUUGAUGCAAAUGAAGGCAUGAUAACAGAAAGACGCAGCAGAGGAACCACUGCAGACCCGAUGGAUGACUGGCUCUAGCAGACAUGGGUGACAUGUACGCUACGGUCAACAAACACAAGAACCUCCGCCCUCCUCCUGCGACUACCCCAACCCUCUCUAACACAGACCCACAUAGCGGCAGCAAGUUAUCGCCAUCGUGUCAUUACUACGACAAUGAUCUUGCUGAGAGGUCGGCGGCCCCUGUGUACAGCUGCGUCCAGCGGCGUGCUAAACCGUUAGCCGCAGCGCUAUCGGCCACACCCAUCUAUGACAUUGCAGUGCCAGCAAAGGACUGUCAACGGUCAGAUGAACAACCUUCAUCAUCGAAUGACGACUAUGAAGAAUUCUCUACAGUUAAUGAUCCUUCCAUAACCUGUUCAGCCGGUGGCAUUGGUUUCAAUCUUCGUAUCCAGAAACCCAGGGGACCCAGAAAACCUCCUGCUACCUGGAGUUGACUUAAGACUUUUAUUAUGCACCUGGGGAUGUUAUGUUGAACUGAACUUGAAAUAAUUAUUAAUUUUAAUGACCCAUCAUCUCAUCAUACUAUGUGUAAAUCCUCGACCUUUGAACUUCCAACCUCUGAUUUGGUUUUGUUUGUAGUUGUUUGUUUGUUUUCCACCAUUCAAAACCAUCUUGUUGGCCAUUCACCUUCCCAUAUUCCCCUAUCUGUGCGUCUUUUUUAUUUUUAUUUUGUAUGUAUGCUUUUUAUAUUAAAUAUAUCCUUCGUAAAGUUUUAUAUUUUAAGUUAGUGUGGUUUGAAUGUUAAACUUGUAUUUCAUUACUACCGUUUUUGGUAUUGCAGUGUAAUGUAAAUUGACGUCCUGCACAUGAUGUAUAUAGUAAGUAGUAAAGUAGUAAGUAGUAGUCCCCUUCCUGUAUUACUUGUGUGGUUUUAGUCCCAUUACUUUGUUUAUCAGAAUGUUUCAGUAAAUAUGUUAUAGCUCCUAGCUUGCUAUCUCUCUUUAUACUUGAAAAAAAAAACAUAUUGGUAGCUUAAAAUAUUGAAUGUUUUUCUGUCCCCUUUAAUCAGUCUAACACUGGGUAACUAACUACCGAACAACAGGGGGCAGCAGAGCAACAUAAAACUAAAACAGUGUGGACUAAACGCCUUAAACCAAAAAACAACGUUUCCAUAGACCGGGUUGACCUGUAAUUAUCGCUCCUAUAAAAAGAUGUCAUUGAUUCAAGUUUUUGCUACCAGGGACAAACCCUAAAAUCUAAACAUGUUUAGUGUGUCACUCUGUUUGGUUAUCUUAGAAUACACAACGUAUUAAAGUUUUA